AUGACUCAUCUGGCGAAAGAGACCAGCCACAGUUCACGAAAGCAGAAUUACUUGCCAGCGACUUCACGACGCAAAUGUCUUUCCUUCUCGGCUCCUCAUCUAAGUGACCUUCUUUACACAGCUCCUGCAGGUCCGCUUGAUCUCCCCAAAGAUGUUGUGCAGGAAUAUGAGAGGGUUUCUGCUACGAGUUCUGAUGACUUGACUUUCAAGCACAGAGUGUGUAUCGUCGGUGCCGGUAUUGCUGGCCUGUUCAUUGCCAUGAUUCUGGACAGCCUGGAGAUUCCUGGUCUGGAGUAUGAUAUCCUUGAAGCCUCAGAUCGAACUGGAGGACGGAUUUACACUCACUACUUCUCCAAUGUCUCGCACGACUAUUACGAUGUCGGCGCUAUGCGAUUUCCUGACAUUGACAUAAUGCGGUCAACUUUCAAGCUUUUCAAGCAGCUGAAGCUUCCCCUGAUUCCUUAUUAUUUUAGCCAAGAGAGCGGCUCUGUCAAAUGCCCGACCAUGUAUAACGACAUAACACUCAUUGAUGGUGAGCCCCGUGGGCCUGAUCCCUUUCGUGUUGGUGAGGCAAACGGAGGCUCAGUGCCUGACAAGAAUGUCGAUGACGUGAGCAAGCUGCUCGACGGUGCCUAUGAGCCAUUUAGAAAGGCAAUGGCUAAGGAUUUUGAAGAAGGAUUCAAACUCUUGAUGCGAUACGAUGGCUACACCACUCGCGAGUUUCUCAAAAAUCCACCCGCCGAUAAGAAAGGAGUGAUGCCCCUCAAAUAUCUAGACUUCUUCAGUAUCCAGUGGCUGGAGACUAACAACACGGGAAGUGGCCUCUUUGAUCAGGCAUUUUCGGAGUCGGUCAUGGACUCUUUUGACUUUGCCGGGCCUAGAGAAAAGACCAUAAAUUGGUACUGCAUCGACGGGGGUUCGUCACUCUUGACCCAGGCUAUGGAAAAGACUAUCAAGCAACCCGUCCAGCACGGAAAACGGGUGCGAAAAUACGAAAAAAACUCAACAACCAACGAAAUCACUGUUUCGGUUGCUGGAGAACCAGAGGGAAGUCGUCUGGACUAUACGACCGUCUUCAACACAACUAGCCUUCCGUGUCUGCAGCGAAUAGAUCUGACGGGUCUCGAUCUUCACCCUAGUCAAAAGUGCGCAAUCAGAAGCUUAGACUACGACGACAGUGCAAAAGUCGCCAUGAAGUUUUCAUAUCCAUGGUGGAUAACGAGGUGCGGCAUCACAAGCGGCGGCGAGGCUUCUACGGAUACACCUCUCCGCACGUGCGUGUAUCCGUCUUACAACAUCCGCGAUCCGCAAGACCAGUCGGCUACGCUUAUUUGUAGCUACACAUGGGCCCAGGAUGCAACACGCAUCGGCAACCUGAUUGCGUCGCAGGACAACGAACUCCGCGACCUGAUACUAGACAACUUGGCGCGGGUGCACUUGAAGAACUUCCAACAACAGGAUCCCGUUUCUUACCAUGGACUGACUACUCUUGACGAGGCUCGCCAGAUUAUCAGCGACGCCUACAUAUCGCACCACGCCUGGAGCUGGUCACACGACCCCUUCACCUCGGGCGCCUUUGCGCUGUUCGGGCCCGGCAAAUUCUCCAACCUGUACCCCUACCUCGCGCGUCCGGCGGCCGACAGCCGCUUCCACAUCUGCGGCGAGGCAAGCAGCACGCACCACGGGUGGAUCGGCGGCAGCCUGGACAGCGCGCUGACGAGCGUGCACAAGUUCCUGAAGCGAUUCGACUUGUGGGAGAAGCAGCUGAAGCUCAAGGAGCUGUGGGACAUGCCUCCGGGGGUAGAGGACGGCGUCGAUGGCACGCUGCAUCUGCAGGUUGCGCUGGGCAUGAUUCCGACGAGUGAAUUAGUUGGCCAAAAUACUGGCAUACCUGCACAGAACGACAACGAGGCUAUGCGAGGUUGUAUCGUUUCAUAG